AUGGCGCCAGGUGACCGGAAUCGAACACCAUUCAGAUCCACGAACAAACGAUUUCGCGACAAUCUCGACGACACCACACCUGAGCGGACAACGCCACACCACCGUCUGCCGGGGAAUGGUAAUGGUCCGGAUCGGCCUGCAAAGAGGUCCAGACUCGAACGCGACGGGAGUGUGUUUAGAAGUUCUCCUAGUCCGGCUUCGUCGCAGCGGUCGCGAGAUUCUUUGGAUUCUCCACGACAAUACCUCAUUCCGUCUUUGCCUUCGACGCCACGACCUAACAACUCUCAGCCGCCGGUUAGGCAGUAUCUCACUCCGACGCCAUCGCCUUCGUCAGCUCAAGCCUCAGCACCCACCUCACACCCGACUCGUUCCAAUGCGGGAGUCGUCUCUACCAAUGUGGUGCUCUCGGCCGAGCAGCAGAUCAUCGCAGGCCAUAUCUUGAGCGGCGAGAAUGUGUUCUUCACCGGCGCUGCUGGCUCAGGCAAGUCCACAUUGAUCAAAGCCGUCGUUACCAAACUCCGCGCCCAAGGGAAAAGGGUCCGGCUGAUGGCGCCCACGGGUUCCGCGUCCCUUUCAAUCGGCGGCCUCACCAUCUUCAGUUUCGCGGGAUGGCGCCCGGUGGACAUGAAAAAGUCGAUCGCGGAGUUGCAGAACCACGUUCGAUGGGCCGGGAUGGCACGAACACGGAUGCGUGAGACGGACGUCAUCAUUAUCGACGAGGUGUCCAUGGUGGAGAAUAAUCUGUUCGAGCGCCUCGACCGGGUCAUGCAGACGGCGCGGCAGGACCAUCGUGCCUUCGGGGGAGUCCAGGUCGUCGUUAGCGGCGACUUCCACCAGUUGCCACCGGUCCUGCCUUUCAAGACUUGCUUCGAAUGCGGCACGCAGACCAUCUCUCGGCGGGCAGGGACGGAGUUCCAUUGUCCACGCUGUCGUCGGAUCUGUUACGACAGCGAGAAGUGGAGUUUCUUGUCGGACGCAUGGAGGGACUCGCGAUUCACCAACUUCCAGCUCGAAGAGAUCUACCGCCAAGACGACGAGUUCCUCAAACGCGUACUCGGGAAGAUGAGGGCGGGUCGGCCAUUGACCGCAGAAGAGAUCUCGACUCUUUGGAACCAUGAAUGCGAUGUGGAGAACGCAGUGCGACUCUACUCGACGAACGCGCAGGUGGACGAGGUCAAUCGCAUCGAGCUCCGGAAACUCAGGAGCCGAGAGAUGGUCUACGACUGCGUGGACAAUUUCAAGCACAAUCGCGCGCACACGCACCUCAGGCACAAAGACGAGCUUUCCGAAGAUGGCACCCUGGUGGCGCUCAAGAACCACAAGUACGAGGCCAAGUUGCGGCUCAAGGAAGGCAUGCCGGUCAUUCUCCUGGUGAACCUGGACCCGGACAAGGGCCUGGUGAAUGGCAGCCAGGGCGAGAUUGUCCGCUUCGUGCCGUACGAGGAAGCGCGAAGGGCGACGACGCGAGGCGCUCGAGACUCCACGGAGAGCGUGAACGACUGGUCGGAACGCAACGCCGUGGCGGGCCUGCGGACCUUCGGUGGCGGCUGGGACAAGCUCGAAGCGGAGCAGGUCAAGAAGUCCAUGGCGAAGAAGGAGGACAACAACAACAACAGCAACAGCAACAGCAACAACGGCGACCGAGUCUGGCCCGUGGUACGCUUCACGAACGGACAGGAGCUGGCCAUCGUGGCCAACUGUCUCAUCGACGCCCUCGGCGACGACGAGCCGUACUCGCUCCUCUCCCGCACGCAAAUCCCCCUCACGGCGGCGUGGGGCAUCACGAUCCACCGCUCGCAGGGCAUGACGCUGGAGAAGUACACUGCGGAUCUCAGCGCGACGUUCCAGAAGGGCCAGGAAUACGUCGCGCUGUCGCGCGCCCGAUCGCUCCGGGGAUUGAAAUUGCUCGGCACGCCGCGCGAUUUGGGGGGGAGCGAUGAGGGGGUUAAGGAAUUUUAUAGGACUACCGAGUGGUGUCGUACGGUGGGGUAG